GCCGUUCACAAUUUCCAAUCCGCGACAGCUCAUUGAACGAAAUGAGUCAGAAGUGCGGUCGCAAACAACGGUACGCGUUUGACAAUAACGAAAAACGCGGAAGCAAACGCGGUGCGAAAUGUGGGUGAGAACAAAAAGAAAUUACAAAUUACAUAGUCGCACUUACACCGUUUAGAGGUCAGGCGGUGUGAAAAUUUUCACGUAACUGUACGAGACAAAAGGUUAGACACCGAUUAAGGGGGGAGAAAAUAUAUAAUUUAGUCUUAUAUUGAUGUGGCGGUCGCAUUCAAAAAAUCUGCGGCGCGCGAUUCUGUCAGAUUCGCGAGAUUGCAACGGCGCGUAAAGAUUCGGUGUGUUGCUAUAUCGUGUCCUGGAAGAAUUUCGGUGUUUCUCAGACGUUUGGAAAAAUAUCUUAUAAUAUAGACGUAUGAAGAUAUGUGAGACACCAUCCACGGCACUUAAAACAUCGAAACUCUCAAUUCCAUCUAAGUACAAUUAAAAGUUACAAGUGAGCUUCCAAGAUGGACAGCAACACGACUGGAACCAACUCCGUGAUCUCGGCAGCACUUCCGUCUUCUAACAACGAUCUUAUCAUUGCCAAGGUGGUGGCCAUGCUGGUGUUAGGCCUGUCUUCCUUCGCCCUAGGCGUACUACCCAGCAGACUGACCAAGCUGAUGAAGAUGAACACAGCCAUGGACGGCGAUAAGAACUUCAUCAUCUCACUCUUCCUUUGCUUUGGAGGAGGGGUAUUGCUGUUCACCACGUUCAUCCAUCUUCAGCCUGAGGUCAGGGAGGCGUUUGGGUUCCUGCAGGCUAAUGGCGCUGUGCCUAGUAUGUCCAUUCCUAUUUCGGAGCUAGUGUUUUGUGCUGGCUUUUUCUUCGUGUAUCUGGUGGAAGAGGCAGUCCACCUGAUGCUGGAAAGGAAAGGAGAUCACGAACAUGACGCUCUACAACGCUCUCUAUCGGUGAGGAGGUACUCCACCAAAGAGGAACCAACCAAGUCGCUGCCAACCCCCAUCAAAGGCGAAAAUGUUGAGAAGGGAGCGGUUAAUAAUAACAAUCAUCAACAUGAUGGUCAAGGAGGCCACUCCCACCUAGCGACGUCGAUCAAAGGAAGCCUUAGCGGCCUGCUGGCAGUCCUAGCUCUCUCCUUCCACGCAGUCUUCGAGGGACUCGCGGUAGGCCUUGAAACUGGAGUCAAGAAGGUGUGGUACUUGUUCGCAGCCAUCGCCACGCACAAAUUAGUCAUCGCCUUCUGCGUGGGCGUUGAGCUGGUCACGUCAAGGACGAGGCCUGCCUUGCUGAUACUCUACAUCGGGACCUUCGCCAUCGUUACGCCUCUUGGUAUCUGCAUCGGUCUGAUCCUAAGCAGUCGCUCAGGAGCGGGAGACGCCUCAGGAGCGGGUGACGUGGUCGCGGUGUGCUUGCAAGCCAUGGCUGCCGGCACUUUGCUCUACGUUGUGUUCUUCGAGGUGUUGGCCAGAGAAAGGGGAAACAGCCACAACGGCAUGUGUCAAUUGGUAGCCAUCUGCGCUGGAUUCGCCACCAUGUUCGUCAUACAGACGCUGUUGGGUCACGAUCACGACCACAGCAACGGCGCCGGAAGUUCCGGAUCACAUCACAGCCAUAGUCACAGUCACGAUCACAACCACUAUACAAUAGACGGAAUCACAAACAGCCCGCACGUCCACGAUCACUAGAUGACAAUCAUUGAUUGAUUGAUCAAAACUGAAACGGUCUCCUCUCUCACUCAUCGACAAGCAUCCGUGAAGCCAUGAAGAUUGGAACUUCAUGUGGAAACCAUGAUCAGGAAAUUUACUUCGAUUAGUGUUCGGAUCUUUGUGGAAGUGUAUAGGAAUGGACGAUGUUUUAAGACAAUUCGUUGAUGGAAUUUGUUUUAUGUUAGUGGUGCUCGAAAUUUUCUGAAACCGGCAGGUUGCUAUUUGGAAGAUCCGUGUUUGACAUUACGUAAGGACAAAUGAGGCUUACUCUGUCACGGCUCCAGAAAAUCUUACAAAAUCUCAAGAGACUACGUAUAAUUCAGUUUUUCUAGCUUUAUUUUUGGUUUUAGCCCUUUUCCGGUAAACAUUACCUAGAUUAUUUUAAAAAACGUGGAAAAUGACUUUUCGGUAUUUCGGUAGAAAUACCGAAAAACCGGUAAGUUCGGCAACAUUGCGUUCGACAUAACAAACCAUCCAAAAUGGUGCCAAAGCCAAACAAAAGUAUCCCAUUGAUUUUUAGACCUAAAAUGUUAAAAGAAUGUGUCUAUGGACAUAACAAACUUCAAAACUUCAGUUUAUUUGGGAGAAAACGUUACCUAUAGAAAACAAAAAUUUAUCUAUGCCCAAAAAAAUCAGAUGAUUGACACAGAAUUACAUAGAAAAGUGCAUAAAAUUAUGUUUUUUGUCAAUUUAUUUCCAAUUACCAACAGGCUCAUUAUUUAUUUAUGUGACGCCCCAGGCUUUAUCUUUUGUGUUUUAUUUAUUUAUCAGAUGCUAUUUUUUACAGUGUGCAAAAAUGAUGAAUGAAUAUUUGAAUUAUUUGAAUAUUAACUGGUACCAAAACGAAAAGAGGGUAGCAUAACACGUACGCCACUGCCAGCGCAGGUACCUUUGAAUCGACUAAGUCGGUGCGCUGAUCUCGUUAUUAACAGUGGCGUACCAUAUGUUUUGCUAAUCUCUUCCGUUUCGGUACCUGACUAUAAGAUUUGAAACAUCUCACCCUCGUGUAUAUAGUUUAACUUGGGCUAAAUGAAAUUUUUACAGAUACGUUUUCAACUGCUAUCACACACAGAUAUGUCCACAAUUCCGUAAUCCUCCGAUGCUCUCAAAUACAAUGCAACUCAUUCCUCAAAAUCAGAUGGAUAUGAGCGGCAGAUUAAUAAAAAACCGAGCCUUUCAAUCCGUAGCUCCUUUCAUUCUACCUGAAGAUAAUCAACUACAUACCGUACUCCUGUAUCCAAAAAGGGAGCUGAAAGAUACUAGCGCCAUCUAUGAGAGAGUAGUAGAGAACAAAAGAGAAUUAAAGAACUACUUUGAAAACAGUUACUAUUUGGUUUUAUUACUGUCUCAAAUGGUGAUAGGAUCUUCAAUCCUCUUCCUGAUGUCUAUUUUAGUUGGGUAUUUUCAGACAUUGCUAAACGUAUUCUACUUGAAGAUACCCAUUUAAAAUAGAUACUAGAAAGGCCAAAAAGGAGCUGGAGAUCGUAUCGCCAUCUAUGAGACAGUGGCAGAACCAGACACUUUUUCAAAGUUCAUUCUUGCGGCAUUAGUAUCUUUCAGCUUCCUUCUUGGACGCCGAAAUACAUUACAUGGUUGGCUAACCAUAGAUAGCUCUUCAGGUACAAUGGUAGCACUGAGGCACACCAAAUGGCAUACGUGGAUCUUUCAAAUAAAAAAUAAAUUCGUUACACAAUAGCGGAAUGAGCGAUAAAAUCUUUUUACAUGUAAUUCUGAUUCGCAUGGCAAAGCUGCCACAUUAUGCGGAUGCUGUAAAGUUUUAGUUUAUAAAACUCGUUUUCUAGUUUUUAAGACACAUUAUACAUACAUUAUUUACAUAUGCUAUUUUUUUAAAUAAAGUGAUAAUUUUUGUUAUA